UUCCCGACGAGAUCAGUGUUAGAUUUUCAGUCUGAGUUUGCAUUUACUAAAAUGAAGUUCUUCGCAAUUUGUUUUCUAUUAGUUACCACCGCAGUAUGCCUGCCAACAUCUCCUGAAGAACUUUCAGCUCGUAUAGUGAAUGGAUACGAGGUCGACAUCACCCAGGUGCCAUACCAGGCCACGUUACAACGCAGUGUAUCCGGCGGCUGGACGCACAGCUGUGGGGCAAUCAUCAUCAGCAGCAGGGCUGUGCUGAGCGCUGCCCACUGUGUAGUCAACUUCGUUAACCAGCCAUCGUUGAUCAGAGUAUCAGUGGGGACGUCCCGCCGUCUCUCAGGAGGCACCCGCUACGAUGUAUCCAAAAUACUGUCUCACGCAGGAUACAGUGUAACCACCCUGGAACAUGAUAUAGCCGUGAUAGUCACCAGCACAAACAUUGUGUUUUCCAGCAGUGUAGCGCCAAUCGACUGGGCUCCAGCAGGCUUGACAUUCCCGGAUGGGUAUGAAGCUCUGGUUACAGGUUUCGGUACCGUUGCGUCCAACGGUUCAGCAUCAUCAGUGCUCCUAGCUGCCCGAGUAAACCUCAUCGGGCAGGCAGCCUGCGUGCGCGCUUACCUUCGCAUCGCUUCCAUAACCUCUGGCAUGAUCUGCGCCAGUGGCUUCAACCCUCCUAGGGACGCCUGCCAAGGCGACUCUGGAGGACCACUGGUGGCAGACAACUUCGUAAUAGGAAUCGUCUCGUUUGGAGAAGGGUGCGCCGAAGCAGCCUACCCUGGCGUGUAUACCAGGGUAUCAGAAUAUUAUUCGUGGAUUCUCCAGCAGUUGUCUCAAAUAUGAACAAAGAAAUAUUUUUUCUA